UCAUUGUAUGGACUCUUCCCUUACAAGUCCAGUAUGAUUGGUCUUGAAGCUCUGGCAGACCCAUCGGAUCACUGGGAAAUUGUAGAGACUAUUGGGAAAGGCACCUAUGGUAAAGUCUACAAGGUCAAUAGCAAGAAAGAUGGAAGUGAGGCUGCUGUAAAGGUUUUGGACCCUAUAAAUGAUGUUGAUGAGGAGAUUGAAGCAGAGUAUAACAUCCUGCAUUCCCUUUCUAAUCAUCCAAAUGUUGUCAAAUUUUAUGGGAUGUUCUACAAGGCUGACGUUCUAUCUGGAGGUCAACUUUGGUUGGUUUUGGAGCUUUGUAAUGGGGGUUCUGUCACCGAUCUCAUCACAGGACUGCUCAAGCGUGGCAAACGGUUGGAUGAAGCUGUAAUCUCAUACGUCUUAUAUGGAGCUCUCUUGGGUCUUCAGCAUUUGCACAGUAACAGAAUCAUUCAUCGUGACGUCAAGGGGAACAACAUUCUUCUGACAACAGAAGGAGGAGUCAAGCUCGUUGACUUUGGAGUCUCAGCUCAACUCACAAGUGCUCGGUUACGAAGAAAUACAUCUGUUGGGACUCCAUUCUGGAUGGCACCUGAGGUCAUUGCUUGUGAGCAACAGUAUGACUCUUCGUAUGAUGCUCGCUGUGACGUAUGGUCACUUGGAAUUACAGCUAUUGAACUAGGUGAUGGAGAUCCCCCCUUAUCUGAAAUGCACCCUGUGAAAGCUUUAUUCAAGAUUCCACGAAACCCCUCUCCUACCUUACGUAAUCCAGAACAGUGGUGUCGAGGAUUCAGUCAUUUCAUCUCACAGUGUUUGAUCAAGGACUUUGAAAGGCGGCCUUCGGUCACACACCUCUUGGAGCAUCCCUUCAUUAAACAGACCCAUAGUAAAGUCAUGACUCUCCAAAAUCAGCUGGCCAGACUCAUCCAGGAACAGAAAGAGUCAGGAUGUAUAUCCAAAGCCAAACAUGAACGAAUCAAUACCAGAAAAACUCAAGAAAAUGCAGUGGAAAGCUGUCCAGACGAUGACUUGGUCAGUCUCCAAGUUUUAGAUGAGGAAACUCUCAUUGCUCAUCUGCAGAAGCGGUAUGCAGCCCUUCAGAUUUACACAUAUGUUGGAGACAUUCUGAUUGCUUUAAACCCUUUUCAGAAUCUUAACAUCUACUCACCACAGUUUUCUAAGUUGUACCAUGGAGUAAGGCGAUCGUCAAAUCCUCCACAUAUCUUUGCAACGGCAGAUGCUGCUUACCAAGGAAUGGUAACUUUCAGCAAAGACCAGUGUAUCAUCAUAAGUGGAGAAAGUGGAGCGGGAAAGACAGAAAGCGCACAUUUGAUUGUUCAACAUUUGACCUUCUUAGGAAAGGCAAACAAUCGUACAUUACGAGAGAAAAUUCUCCAGGUCAAUCCUCUGGUUGAGGCCUUUGGCAACGCCUGCACUGCUAUAAAUGACAACUCGAGUCGGUUUGGGAAGUAUCUGGAGAUGAAGUUCACGCCAACUGGGGCAGUGAUGGGAGCCAAGAUUUCCGAGUAUCUACUGGAAAAGUCCAGAGUAAUUAAACAAGCGAUAGCAGAGAAAAGUUUCCACAUAUUUUAUUACAUGUAUGCUGGUCUUUAUCAUCAGAAACAACUGGCAGAAUACAGGCUAUCGGAGAAGAACCCUCCGAGAUACAUCGACAAUGAAAAUGGUAAAGUGAUGCAGGAUAUCAUCUCCAACAAUUCAUACAAGGAUCAGUUUGAAGCCAUCCAGCAUUGUUUCAGAAUCAUUGGGUUCACUGAGCAGGAAGUCAAUUCUGUGUAUAGAAUUCUUUCUGCCAUCUUAAAUACUGGAAACAUUGAAUUUGCAGCUAUUACUUCUCAACACCAGACGGAUAAAAGUGAAGUUCCUAAUGCUGAAGCCUUAGAAAAUGCUGCCUCCCUCCUCAGUAUUGGUGCAGACGAGCUGCAGGAGGCCCUGAUCUCACAAUGUGUGGUGACUCGAGGAGAGACCAUCAUCCGCACCAACACUGUGGACAAGGCUGCAGACGUGCGAGAUGCCAUGUCCAAGGCCCUGUAUGGGCGGCUUUUCAGCUGGAUAGUAAACCGCAUCAAUACCCUGCUGCAGCCUGAUAAAAAUAUAUGCGCUGCAGAGAGUGGAAUGAAUGUUGGCAUACUAGACAUCUUUGGAUUUGAGAAUUUCAAGAAGAAUUCAUUUGAGCAGCUCUGCAUUAACAUUGCCAAUGAACAGAUCCAGUUCUACUUCAACCAACACAUCUUUGCUCUGGAGCAGAUUGAAUACCAAAAUGAGGAAAUUGAUGCCAGUCUGGUGAAGUAUGAAGACAACCGACCAAUCUUAGAUAUGUUUCUUCAGAAACCCAUGGGACUUCUGUCUCUACUUGAUGAAGAAAGUCGCUUUCCACAAGCGACUGACCAGACUUUAGUGGAUAAAUUUGAGGUCAAUCUACGCUACAAGUACUUUUGGAGACCAAAACGUGUGGAGCUUUGUUUUGGAAUCCAGCAUUAUGCGGGAAAGGUUUUGUACAAUGUUGAUGGUUUCCUGGAAAAGAACCGAGACACUCUCCCAGCAGAUAUCAUGGUUGUCUUGAGAACAUCAGAGAAUAAGCUGCUACUGCAGCUGUUUUCUAAUCCUUUGACAAAAACAGGUAAUUUGGCUACAUCAAGAAUAAGAGUAACCGCAGCAUCUCGGUCUCUACCCCCUCAGCUCAGUGCAGGACGCUACAAGGUGGACACUAUGGAGGUCAUGCGGCAUCCUGAGGAAACCACUAACAUGCGGAGACAGACCGUUGCCUCCUAUUUCAGGUAUUCCCUCAUGGAUCUCCUGUCUAAGAUGGUGGUUGGACAGCCUCACUUUGUCCGCUGUAUAAAACCCAACGAUGAUCGACAGGCGUUGACAUUUUCCAGGGAAAGAGUGCUGGUGCAGCUGCGUUACACCGGCAUAUUGGAAACAGUGAGCAUCCGGAGACAAGGGUAUUCCCAUCGCAUCCCGUUUGAAGAAUUUGUUAAAAGGUAUUACUAUCUUGCCUUUAGGGCACACCAGAUGCCUUCAACAACCAAGGAAAACUGCGCUGCCAUUCUGGAGAAAGCAAGACUAGACAAAUGGGUGCUUGGAAAAACAAAGGUCUUUCUAAAAUAUUACCAUGUUGAACAGCUGAAUUUAUUGCUCAGAGAAGUCAUCGGCAGGGUUGUUGUGAUGCAGGCGUACACAAAAGGUUGGCUUGGGGCUAGAAGAUACAGGAGAGUAAAAGAGAAAAGAACACGCUGUGCCAUCAUCAUUCAGUCAGUCUGGAGAGGAUUUGUUGCUCGUCAAAUUCUCAAACAGCUGAAAAGAGAAAGAGAAGAUGCUGCUAUUCGCAUACAAGCAGCUAUGAGGGGACACCUUGCUCGGAAAAACUAUGAGCUGCUGAAGCAAAGUAAUAACACACCCGCGAGUUCACACUGCUUGGACAGAACCAGUGAAGCCAGUAUUCAAUAUGUUUGCCCUGACACCCUUAACAGAACCAAUUCCUUAGCUGACCGUCACAGCAGGCAAACGGAAAAGGAUCCCCCAGAGAACAUAGACCAGCAGGUUCAAGUACGCAGCCAAAACAGAAGAAAAACUGAAGAGACUGUAAUGGUUUAUGAAGAGAUACAUAAUCCACAGUUGAGACAAGGUCCAGAGAAGAAGCCAGUAGAACAGAAGCAGCAGAGAACACCUCGACGACGCUGCCAGCAACCCAAACUGCUCAAUAGCCCCGAGGACAGCAUGUACUAUAACCAGCUAAAUAGGACUCAGGGGAGCAAGAGGAAGCCAAGAAAACUUGGCCAAAUCAAAGUACUGGAUGGAGAGGAUGAGUACUACAAAUUAUUGUCAGCUGUGGAGUCUGUCACUGAGGAAGGCAGUUCAUCCAACCCUCCUCCCACUCCUUCAAGUGGGCCAGUGUACGCUCAAAGCUGAGCCUUACUGUAAAACAUUAAGUUUCUGUUGCCUUUCAAUGCCCAGCCAAGAACGGCAGAUACAGUGAACGCUGUCUCUUCAACCAUGUUCUGAUCAACAGAAGACGAAUACUGAAUGUUUCAUUUAAAUGUGGUAUUUUUUUUUGUACAAGAAAAAAAAAAAAAACAUUAAACUGAAAAUAUAUAUUUCUGCACCAUUUAAAAUAAUAAUGUUGCUUUUAUUUAGAGUAGUAUUUCAAAACAACAAUACAUCAUGUGGGAAAAAUCUGGAAGUAAUUUAUGAUACCAAUCAAGUGCAGUUAUUCAGUUCUGAAGAUAUUGUAACAAAUCACUUUCAAAUACUUGAAUGACAUUGACCUGUGACAUACAUCAAGGCCAUACAGAUGCUUUUAUUUGUCGUGUUUUAAAUGAUCACAACAAAAAAUAGUUAGACCUAAUGCCUUUACUCGUGUUUGUCUGUGUUUCAAAAGAGACUUCUCUAUAGGUUUACCUUGUGUGCCACAAAGGACUGGUGACCACAGCAAGUCACAGCCUAUCAGAAAGGUAAAGACGGAUGUUGAGGAUAUUGCUGUGGCAAACAUUGUAAAGUAUUGAUUGCAGCAACAAAUGUAUGUAUUAUUGUACUUGGAACACAAGACAUUGGGUUUAUUGCAUAUUCAUUCUCUGUGUUUUUCUUUAGUAUUUAAGACAUAGUUUUAAAUUGUUUAUGUGUGUGUUUACUGCAAAACUGCAAAAAAUAACAUCUUUAUCAUCUGAAAAUAUUAAGACUUUUUAAUAUAAACUCUGUUUCAAAUAUUGAUUUUAAAACUGAUUAUACAGUUUGUAAACUGUACUGAAUGUGAGGCCUGUUCCUCAUGUGGAUAAGUUGUAGGUAAUGUCCUAAGAUUUUAUUUGUAAUUAGAAUGUCUGUAAAAGCUGACCAACUGUUUUUUGGGUUUUUUUUUCCUUGGUUGAU